AUGAAACGAAAGCAAGAAGUACAGGAAGGGUUCACUUUUGUCAGAAAAGGAAAAGAAACGACAGAGGUGAAACAUGCCAAGGCCAACACUUCUCAGAGGGAAGAAUCACCCACGUCUGAAAAAAUGAUUCCAUUGCCUGUAUCAGAUACCCCAAUAAUCAAGAAAACCCAAAAACUGAGAAAAUCCAAGGGAAGGAGAAGCAGCCUUGGCCAACGAGGAAAACGUGCUAGUAGCAUUGGAACAGGAUUUGAAGCUCUUCCUCAUGCGGACGUUCCUACUAAUGAAUAUUAUCGUCACAUUUCAAAAGAUUUGUCGGAGCCCCUUCGAAUGAAACAGCUGCUUCUGUGGGCUUCGUAUAAGCAUUUGAAUGAACAGCGGGAAAAGUACAAGGAAACCAAAGAAUCCAGCGAGGCCGCAAUUGCAAGGUCUAUCAUUCAAGAGGUCCUUAAUGAAUUACUGUCCAACCAAUUCUCUAUUAGUUGGUACCAAAGAUCUCCCAACGAAAUUAUUCCAAAUAAGCCUCAUCCUCAGAAUUUGAAAAAUAUACAGCUUUUGGACGAAUUGACAGCUCAACUGGCUAAGCUACAAGACGAAGAAGCCACUUGGAGGGCUGUUGCUGCAGGCUCAGUGGAAAACGAAAAAACGCUUCACUCCUGUCGACGUUUGUCCGACCGAAUCAGUUCGUCUACUGAUUCAACUAGUAACGAACCGAAAACAUCCAACCAGACACAAGAAAAUCAAGAUUAUGUUAAAGAUUUAAGAAAGAAUCUCGCUCCUUUGCUUGACUCCCUAUCUCAGCAUAUACACGCUAUUCAUUCUUUAACUCGCAUCGGCCCUAGUGUUCGAUCGGCAUUUGGCGAACGAGCCGCUCACAAUUAUUUUCUUCACAAACAAAAAUUUUCCAAAGCAGCAAAUCAUUCUGAUACGAUGAAUCUUUUACGGGUGUUGUCGAAAAGCGCAUACCAAAGCCAACGUAACAACGAGCCAUAG